AUGCGUGGCCGCCCACUCGUAAUCAUAGUGGGCCGUGCUCAAGCUAUAGCCUCAAAAAAUAUAGAGCUAAGCAGCUGUCACCAGCGAAUUAUCCACACACGACAAAAUAUAGAAAAAGGUCUUGGUAACAGGAAUAUUGAAACCUUUUUUUUAAAAAAAACCCCCAUAGACAAACUUUUUGGUUCUGUAGGCAGUCUUUAUCUCAAAAAUAUCUCCCACCCCAAUGAUAUGGACAACUACAUUCGCUAG